GCACCUUCUCCAAGCCACCAGAAGCCCACUGCAGGGGCUGUAGGUUUCAAGAGUGAACAAGAGCAAGCCUGAGGAUUUCCUGGUUGGGUUUAUCGAACAGUCACAGAUCCUUCUGUUAAACAUUUUGGGAGCAGCUAAGUGGGGGUAUCCUGUCUUUAAGCUGUCCUGUUAAUUUAGGAUGUAAUCCAAGGAUAUUCUUUAUGCUUCCAAAAGAUUCUCUGUAAACUGUAAGCUGUUGCUGCCUAACACAUUAUCCUCAAGCCUAGUGGCUUAAAACAACCAUUUCACUUGCUCAUGAAUCUGUAACCUGGGCAGUUCUUCAGCUGGUCACUUCUGUGACUUCCAUUACUGGGACAGGUGAAUGGGAUUAGGUGACCCACACUGGCCUCACUCAUGCAGCCAGUGCCUCCUCUGAAACAGCCAGACAGCUAGGGGCUGGCUGCUGCCCCCUCUUUGUUGCCUAUCCAACAGUCUGGAGUUUCUUUACGUGGCAGUUGGUUUCAAAAAAAGACAAGGGCAGAAGCUACCUGGCCUGUUAAGCUUGGACGGGGCCCUUGGAUGGACGCUUGGAAGCGUCACAUCUGCCACGCCCUAUUGGUCAAAGCCAGUGUCAAGGCCAGUGCUGAUUGGACGAGGCGGGAAGUUGACUCCACCUCCUGUGGGAAGAGCGCGUGUUCAGCCAGUGGAGCAAUUUUGGAGGGCGUCUUUGCGCCCAAUGGCCCUCUGCUGGCUCCCUGCAUUUCAUCUUUGCUGACUCUGUACACAAAUUUAAGUUCGUGCACAUUCAUCUCAUGCUUCCAACUUAAACCUGUAAGGGGAACAUGGUCUCCAUUUGGGAUGAAGGCAUUAGUGCUAUUUUUCCAAAGAAAGUUUGAUAAUUCACUUUCAAAUCCAUUUACUCUGUUCAUUCAUUUUGCUUUGGAUGGGAUAAAAGGUUGCAGUUUCUAGAGAGAGAAAUAACACUUUUUUAUAGGGAAAGCGGUUUUGGAAAAUAUUAGCCCUCCCUUUAUUGGAUGAUAAAAAGGAAAAUAAUCCGAGGUUAACUUUGCAUUUGUCACCAGUGGGUAAAAAUGUCACAGGCUGACAGCAAAGGGGUUUGUUCCCUUGGAAAUUCAGUUUGAGUCAGGAGUGGAGUCUGUGACACUGUAGGACACUCAGUUCUGAGCAGGUAGAUACCAGUGGAUAGUCAGUUAGGAAAUCUAUCUGCCCUUGAGGAUUGCUUCUGUUGAACAUGGGAGACUUGGCUGCCUAUUCAUCACCACUUCAGUAGCCAUUCACAGUCUCCAAAAAAGAAAAUCCUGACAUCUUAAUUUUAAUGUGGGUAUUUGAUCCAGUGCUUGAGAUAAAUAUAACCCUGUGUAGUAAGGAGAUGGUCUAAUGGGAAAUGGUUGGCAUUCUUUCUGGGUAAAGGCAUGGGGAAAGCAGAGAGAGAGGGAGAAGGAGAGGGAGGGAGAGAGAGAGAGGGAGGGAGAGAGGGAGACAGGCCAAGAGCAGUGGGGAGACAAAAGCAGAGAUGAGCGAGGCUCCACAGCAGCCUUGCCUUGAGAACUUGACACUUGCCAGAUCCCAGCCAGCAUGGUUGUCCUGAAUCCAGUGACUUUGGGAAUUUAUCUUCAGCUUUUCUUCCGCUUUAUCGUGUCUCAGCCUACUUUCAUCAACAGCGUCCUCCCAAUUUCAGCAGCCCUUCCUGGCCUGGACCAGAGGAAGCGUGGCAGCCACAAAGCAUGCUGCCUCCUGACACCUCCUCCGCCCCCACUGUUCCCGCCACCAUUCUUCAGAGCCGGGCGAGGUCUGCUUCUCUUCCAAGACAUGAAGAAUCUCCUCCUGGAACUCGAAUCCACGCAGUCCUCAUGCAUGCAGGGAUUGCUCAGCUCCCCUGGGCCUCCUGGCCCUCAGGGUCCACCAGGGCCUCCUGGCAAGACAGGGCCAAAGGGAGCGAAGGGGGAGCUUGGCCUACCAGGAAGGAAGGGGAGACCUGGCCCCCCGGGUGUUCCAGGCAUGCCUGGGCCGGCCGGCUGGCCAGGCCCUGAAGGACCCAGGGGUGAGAAAGGUGACCUGGGUGUGAUGGGUUUGCCAGGGUCAAGAGGACCAAUGGGCUCCAAGGGCUCCCCCGGAUCCAGAGGGGAAAAGGGGUCCAGAGGCGAAAGGGGUGAUCUGGGUUCCAAAGGAGAAAAGGGUGUCCCGGGAUUUCCUGGAAUGUUGGGGCAGAAAGGUGAAAUGGGUCCAAAGGGUGAGCCUGGGAUAGCAGGACACCGGGGACCCAGAGGAAGACCAGGAAAACGAGGCAAGCAGGGGCAGAAAGGAGAUAAUGGAGUUAUGGGUCUGCCGGGCAAGCCUGGGCCGUCUGGUCAACCUGGCCGAGCAGGCCCCCCAGGCCCUCCGGGGCCCCCAUAUUCAGGACAACUUGUAAUAGGACCCAAAGGGGACAGAGGAUUUCCGGGGCCUCCAGGAAGAUGUCUCUGUGGAACCCUCAACGUGAACGACCCUUCCCACGGGGAGUCCAUGCCCGAGCCCAGCACCCCACGAGUUCCUGUGAUUUUUGUGGUUAACAACCAGGAGGAGCUUGAGAGGCUGAACACCCAAAAUGCCAUUGCCUUCCGCAGGGAUCAGAGGUCUCUGUACUUCAAGGACAGCCUUGGCUGGCUCCCUAUCCAGAUGACCCCUUUCUACCCUGUGGACUACACUGUAAACCAUGCUGGCUCUUGUGGGGAUGGGGUCCUGCAGCCCGGGGAGGCCUGUGACGAUGGGAACACCGACAUGGGUGAUGACUGCAUCAGCUGUCACCGGGCCUACUGUGGAGACGGUCACCGGCACAAGGGUGUGGAGGACUGCGACGGCGUGGACUUUGGCUCCCUGACCUGCGAGACCUAUCUCCCGGGGUCCUACGGAGACCUUCAGUGCACGCAGUACUGCUACAUCGAUUCCACGUCCUGCCGUUACUUCACGUGAGGGGUGCGAGCAGGAGGAGGGCGCUGUGCCUUCCAAUUGGCAGCGGCCUCCCCGCCCUCAUCGAACCAGCCUCACACCAUCCUGGUCCAGCUGCCACCUUCGUGUGACAAAAACAGGGCAAACUCUUGCCAUUGAGACACCCUUUUGCCUCAGUCUGACUGGAAGAUCAGGGCCACUGCCUCCUGUCUUAACCGAAGUACUGGAAAACUGCCACACGGCUGGCCUGGGAAUCGUUCCCCAUCGCUACCACCUGGCCGACACCCGGCCUAUGGUACCCUUUCUCUUCUGGCGUGCUGCUGGCCCAGGCCAUGGACUUGGCUGAUGGUGUUAGACACACGUGGGCCGCAGGGCUGCUAGAGUCUGCACUCACCCCGUUUCGGGGGCAGCUGGUGUCCAUGCCCACCUCUCCAUGCCUCUUAUCUCCAGGAGGAGGCAUCUUCAUGCAGGGCAGCUGGGUCUCACUCCAGGCCUGCGAACCGCAGAGCAGGAGGAGGGUCCAUUCUCUCUGGGGGUCUCCCAGCUCUGGGCCCCUGGAGGGUCCUCAACUGACCAGAGCCCGGCACAGCCUCAUGUGGCUGCAGCUCCCCAAGAAGACAGCCAGCUGUCAAGAGCACUGGAAGGCCGCCAAAGCCGCACUCUGCCUGGCUGGAGGUGGAGCCUCAGUGGGGUGGGCCUUAUGCUCUUUUCCCACAGGGGUGCCUCUCAUGGUUCCACCCUCCCUGGCACCAUCUUGACCUCAUGGCUCCCUGCACUCUGACCUCUGCCUUGAAGAUGCCCCUCAUGUCCAUUGCUUGUUCAGGAGCUUUGCUGGCAGAGUGAUGUCCUGAGUGCACACCUGGGCAGGCUGCUGGUGUUUCCUCAGCCCCUGGGGGAAUGCCACCCCGUGUCUCCCCCUCUGGGCCCUUCUCCUGGGUGCUCAGGACAGAGAUGGCAUCUGUCCCGAAGGCCAGGGCCUGUGUCUCUGUGACGCAUAGCCUGGCCCUCCUGUCUGUGCCUGAGUCUGUUUCUACAGGACCAUGGGGCUGGCAUGACUGUGGGCCACCUCACCACCAUCUUUCCUGAGGGGGCCAAGCUUUGUGUUGGAAGGACUUCCUCCCCCGUGGCAAACCUCAAAUGGGAUUUGCCUGUUUAUGACUCUUGGGCUUUUGUAUGGAGCUAUUUAAUGUGCCUGAGUCCUGGGAAUUCAACAGACAGGAGUUUCUGGCCCAGUGGGCCAUCAUGUUGGUGGUCUGUAGAGGGAACAGCCUAAAGGUGGGGUCAUCCCAGGUGGGCACAUUGAUCAGCCCGGUUCCCUUUGCCUCCACUGCAAGGUCCUGGGUGACGAUGCUACCACGUAAAGCCAUCCCCUUUAUAGCAGGGUCUCCAGAUGGGAAGUCAAGAAAUAAAGGUGGUUCAUU